CAGCCACCUAUCCAGCCCUCCCUCCACCACCUGCCCUCCGUCUCGUUCAUAUACGUAGUUGGCGAUGUAUAAGCUUGCCCGUUGCCGACCGGCAGCCAGCGCUGUGCGCGCUGCGACUACGCCAUUGAGGAGUGCGGUGUUCCAACAAAGCAGGGCCCUCUCGAUACAUGAAUACAGGUCUGCAAAGCUACUAGAGACGUAUGGCAUUGGCGUCCCGGCUGGCGACGUAGCUACCACGGGAGAGGGUGCUGAGAAGAUCGCGAAGAACAUAGGAGGUGACGAUAUUGUUAUAAAGGCACAGGUGUUGGCAGGAGGUCGAGGAAAGGGCACAUUCGACAAUGGCUUCAAAGGCGGUGUCAGAGUCGUCUACUCACCUCGAGAAGCUGGCAUCCUCGCCGACCAGAUGAUCGGCCACAAGCUCAUCACUAAGCAGACAGGAGCUGGAGGCCGCCCUUGCAAUGCAGUAUACGUCGUAGAGCGGAAGUUUGCCCGGCGGGAGUUCUACCUAGCUAUCCUCAUGGACCGCGCAACCCAAGGCCCCGUUAUUGUCGCUUCGUCGCAAGGUGGCAUGGACAUCGAGACUGUCGCAAAGGACCACCCAGAGGCCAUCAUCACAACCCCAGUUGAUAUCCACAUUGGCGUUACGGACGAGAUGGCGCGAAAUAUUGCUACCGAACUUGGUUUCUCCGAGCAGUGCAUAGAGGACGCUAAGGACACCAUCCAGAAGCUAUACAAGGUCUUCAACGAGCGCGAUGCUACCCAGAUCGAGAUCAAUCCUCUUUCUGAGACCAGCGACCACCAGGUCCUCUGUAUGGACGCCAAGCUCGGCUUCGACGACAACGCGGAGUUCCGCCAGAAGGAGAUCUUCAGCUGGCGCGACAUCUCCCAAGAGGAUGCUGAUGAGGUCAAGGCCGGUGAAUCCGGUCUCAACUUCAUCAAGCUCGAUGGUGAUAUCGGAUGCUUGGUCAACGGUGCCGGUUUGGCCAUGGCUACCAUGGAUAUCAUCAAACUGAACGGCGGCGCCCCCGCUAACUUCUUGGACGUGGGCGGCGGAGCGACCCCGAAGGCUAUCAAGCAGGCUUUCGACCUCAUCACCAGCGAUCCCAAGGUCACGGCCAUCUUUGUGAACAUCUUCGGCGGCAUUGUCAGGUGCGAUGAUAUUGCCAAGGGCCUCAUCAGCGUCGUUGAGAGCAUGCACCUACGGACACCGGUCAUUGCACGACUACAAGGAACCAACAUGGAAGCCGCACACAAACUGAUCAACGAGUCCGGUCUCAAGAUCUUCUCCAUCGACGACCUCCAAACCGCAGCCGAAAAGUCGGUCCAAUUUUCAAAGGUCGUGAAGAUGGCCCGCGACAUUGACGUUGGCGUUGAGUUCACCCUCGGUAUCUAAAUGACCCUUUUUCUCCUGCUCCUAGCGUUCCGCCCCUUUCCCGUAAUGAUUGUGGGUACCGGUAUAUGAGGCUUGUAGGAAGCAAUGGCCGGUCUAUCGUCUGUCAUACCGCUUUCCCCUGGAACA